AUGUUCAAGUUUUCUCCUAUACCAAAGCAAGCGAAUGGCCCAAAGAACUCUAAGUCCGAGAAAGCCGAGUCAAAAUAUGUCACAGAUGAUCAAAACAAGCCAGCGCGAGAGGCGGAUACAGCGAUUCAUUUGGACUUGGAUGGAGGAGGACGCAUUAAGGUUUUCGGAUGGGUCUUGGACUCGCUUGUUCUCUUAGAGUUAUCUGCAUUAAGGAGUUCACAUGGGAAUAUUGACGAGGCCGUUGCUUUGACGGCCGGUCCUCCAGUCAACCCGAUGCCGGAGAUUCUGGAUAUGAACCCCGAGGAGCGGGACGUUGAAACAGCGCCAACCCCAGAACUUGCAUCAAACUAA